UCUAGAGCUCUCCCGGCGUUGGCUCUGCUGUCCCCGGGUGGGGGCUCGCAGGCAGAGGGCGCGUGCCUCCCUCGCUCCGUGGUGCGGGGUGUGUGUGUGUUUUCGGGGGGUGGGGGUUGUGUCUGAACCAGUUAGGAAGAAUGACUCUGGAGUCCAUCAUGGCGUGCUGCCUGAGCGAGGAAGCCAAAGAAGCCAGGCGGAUCAACGAUGAGAUCGAGAGGCAGCUCCGCCGGGACAAGCGGGACGCCCGCCGGGAGCUCAAGCUGCUGUUGCUGGGUACGGGAGAAAGUGGCAAAAGCACAUUCAUCAAACAGAUGAGAAUCAUCCAUGGAUCAGGAUACUCUGACGAAGACAAAAGGGGUUUCACAAAACUUGUGUAUCAGAAUAUAUUUACAGCAAUGCAAGCUAUGAUCAGAGCUAUGGAUACACUCAAAAUCCCAUACAAGUAUGAACACAAUAAGGCCCAUGCACAGUUAGUUCGAGAAGUUGAUAUAGAGAAGGUAUCAGCAUUUGAGAAUCCCUACGUAGAUGCAAUAAAGAGUUUAUGGAAUGACCCUGGGAUCCAAGAGUGUUAUGACAGACGGCGGGAAUAUCAGCUAUCGGACUCAACUAAAUACUAUCUUAACGACCUGGACCGUAUAGCAGAACCUGCCUAUCUGCCCACCCAACAAGAUGUGCUUAGAGUUCGAGUCCCAACAACAGGGAUCAUUGAAUAUCCAUUCGACUUACAAAGCGUCAUUUUCAGAAUGGUGGAUGUAGGAGGCCAACGAUCAGAAAGAAGAAAAUGGAUACAUUGCUUUGAAAAUGUCACAUCUAUCAUGUUUCUAGUAGCCCUUAGUGAAUAUGAUCAAGUACUUGUGGAGUCGGACAAUGAGAACCGAAUGGAGGAAAGCAAAGCACUGUUUAGGACAAUUAUCACAUAUCCGUGGUUCCAGAACUCUUCGGUCAUUCUGUUCUUAAAUAAAAAAGAUCUUCUAGAGGAGAAAAUUAUGUACUCGCAUCUAGUUGACUAUUUCCCAGAGUAUGAUGGACCCCAGCGAGAUGCACAGGCGGCACGAGAGUUCAUUUUGAAGAUGUUCGUGGACCUGAAUCCUGACAGUGACAAAAUUAUCUACUCUCACUUCACAUGUGCUACAGACACAGAGAAUAUCCGCUUCGUCUUUGCUGCUGUCAAGGACACUAUCCUACAGUUAAACCUGAAGGAGUACAACCUGGUCUAA